CUCUUAAAUUACGUCACACAUGCGCCACCUUAACUACAUGUGGAAGUGCGGGUUCAGACUUAGUUAAACAGCUUAUUUAACGUUAGUUUUUCUUGUUUGCGUUUACUUUCUAUAGUACUUAUUUUCGUCUUUCGUAAAACUACAAAGAACGUUGCUAAUAAAUGUUGGCAGUUAGCUUUCUGCUAGGAGCAGUAGAUAAGCUAACAUCAACAGCUAACGUUAGUUGACACAGCAGACGUCUAUCACUGCUCCGAAAAGAUGGCUAAUGACAGCGCGAAGAGUGAAGCCUCGGCCCAGCAGGAGGGAGAUGAUGACGGGGACAGGAGCAGUAACAAGACUCCCAGCGCUGACGGAGAAAACCAAACUAUCUCCAAAAGGCAAAUGAAGAAGCUUCUGAAGCAGCAGAAAUGGGAGGACGAAAGGGAACUACGGAAGAAAAAACGAAAGGAGAGGAAGCAGCAGCGACGAGAAGGAGGAGAGGCCCAGAACCCCAGGAAACGUCUACGCAGAGAGUUGACGCCCAGUUCACUGAGGCUCGUGGUGGACUGCAGCUUCGACAACCUCAUGCUCAUUAAGGAUAUCCGGAAGCUUCACAGACAGGUCCAGCGAUGCUAUGCUGAGAACAGACGAGCGUUGCAUCCAGUGCAGUUUUAUCUGACAAGCUUGGGGGGACAGCUGAAACAGUGCUUGGACGAGAAGGACAAAGGAUGGGUCAACUGGAAGGACAUCACCAUCAAAACAGAACACUACAGUGAAGUUUUGGCGCAGGAGGACCUGGUGUACCUGACGUCAGACUCUCCCAAUGUGCUGGAAGAGCUGGACCACAAAAAGGCCUAUGUGAUAGGAGGCCUGGUGGACCACAACCACCACAAGGGGAUCACGUUUGAGAGGGCGAAGGAGCUCGGGAUUGAUCACGCUCAGCUUCCUCUGAGCAAUUUUGUCAAAAUGAACAGUCGGAAGGUUCUUGCAGUUAACCACGUGUUUGAGAUCGUCCUGGCUUAUAUGGAGAAGAGCAGCUGGCGGGAGGCCUUCUUCACCGUCCUGCCUCAAAGGAAAGGAGCGGUGGCUGUCAGUCAGGACGGAACAACUAUUCUAGGAAAAGAGGAAGAUUCCGACUCUGACCCUGGCACACCAGACCAGACUGAGGAAACAUAAAACAAUGUUCAUCCCAACGUGUGGAUACAUUAAUGCUGAGGCGCUGUACCUGACAGGGAUGUUUCUGUUUGGAAAUGCUUUUUUUAUUUUUUAGCAACCUAUUUAUGAUUUUGUGCCUCAGGUAAUGGGUCAAAUUUGAGUUGAACAACUUAUGGAAAUGUACAUAAGUUUUGGCAACAGACAUUUCUACUUUGAUUGUUAAGUUGUAAGUUCAGGUUCAUUUUUUAGGACUGAAAGCCAAAGUCAGCACAUGACUGUCCCAGGAAUUCUCUGAAUAUUAUGGUCUAGGAGUAUAGUCAUGCACCCUUUAUGGCCCUGGUGCUGACCAUGCUGCACUGGGUGAUGCCAGCAGCAUCAAUUCUGACUAUGAAACGUGAGGAGGCAUAAGUAUAGUAGAAUAAUCUGUAUUCAGUUGACUGCAACUGCACCACAAGAUUCCACUUAUCCUGCACAGUGCUCCUUUAAGGCAACAUCUACAUCUGGAGGAGGUGCUUGAGUUUACGUGUAAAGUGCUGGUUUCAGUGUAUAUAGGGUCUGUAUGUUGCAUAAUUUAAUGAAAGGAAUUAAUUUAAAUGAAUAGUUACAACUUAAGAAAUAAACCAUGCGCUGUGCGGACAUCAAAACAUCAGUUGGGCCAAUCUUACUGUUCAUACAAGAAGAGCAACAGAGAACCAACUCCUCGAUACAGUAUUCUGAAUACCUUGAACACUCACAGAUAUGGAGAUAUGUUUCACGUUAAAAACUGCUGUGGAAUAAAAUGAAGGGUCAUUUGA